AUGAAAAUGUUAGCUUGUGUGUGCCAACCUACGGAGACAGCGUUGUUAUUCAAAGGUGGACCUCCAGUCACAAUGGGACCACUCGGCACUAAUACCAAGAUAAGGCAAAAUACAGAGGCUGCAAAGUCCUUGAAAGUUAGACCUAAACCAAUCCGACGGCCUAGUGAAGACACCAAAGACAGCUCAUCUUUAAACUCCUCACCAUCUUAUGUUAAUCCAUCUGGUAGUCUGUUGAAUUUACGAAAAAUCGAAAGAAAAGCUAAAUCAACGAAAAUAUUAGUAAAUCCCGUCUGUUCAGAUAGCGUGGGUACAAGUGAUGAUAGCAAUAAUUCUAAAACAGUAGAUUCAAAAUGGAAUGGCAAGAAAAAACGACUGAAGUCUGAACAUAGCAAGACUAAUAAGAAGGAUGAAGCAAAAUGUGAUAUAAAUGAUAGAAUUAGCCGAAACAGAGCUAAGAAGGAAGAAAAGAAAUCGGUAUCUUGUUUCAAAAUGAAAUCGUCCAAUGAUAAAACACGCAGGGACGAUGACAAAAAAUCUGGAGGUGAGAACUGUAGCAACGAAAAUGCAAGUAAUUUAAUGACUACAGAGAAACCUGAUCUUAUAAAUCAUUCUAGGAAAAAUAGUAAAGAAAUUGUGGUAGACGGGAGUCAGAUGACAGAUGGAUUUUUAAAUACUGACCAAACGGGAAAGACUGAUAGUGCUAUAGCAGUUAAGGAUGCUGAGUUGGGGGAAGGGGUGGAGCUGACAUUGGGAGAGUUGCGCGCGAUGGCACUUCGACAGCAGCAGCAAAUCGACACACAGCACCAGCUGCUCUGUGCGAAGGAGCAGCGGCUGAGGUACCUCAAGCAGCAAGAGGCCAGGCAACACCAGGUGGCGGUAGAAGGCGAGAGGCUACGCCGCCUACGCGAACGUGUAGAGGCGCAGGAGUUGAAGCUACGGCGGCUACGAGCGCUACGCGGUCAGCUUGACAGAAACAAGCAGGCGAAUAUCGCACUAACAAGUGACCUAGAGUCGAUACGAGCGCUAUUCAAUGAGAAGGAGAAAGAACUGUCUGUGGCGGUGGCCAAAGUGGAAGAGCUGACGCGGCAGCUCGAGGAGUUGAGGAGAGGGCGCACUCAGCCUGCGCCGCCCUCCGCUCAUGAGCUGGACAAACUCCGCCGGGAGCUUAUGUAUCGCAACAAACUGAACGAGCAACAGAACGGCAGGCUGUCGGCACAACGGGCGGCGCUGGGGGCGCGGCAAGAGGAGAUGAGAAGCAUCGACCGGCGGGUCUCCGAGUUACAAGCACGCCUGUUGAGGAAAAGAGCACUCAAUCGACAGCUAACAACCGCGCACCGCCAUCCACAGCAGCAACAGCAGCAAAGAACGAAUAACCCAACGCCUAUGCAGCAGCUUUCAAACUACACGGGCAGCGCGAAUAGUCAACCAAAGAACCAACAGCCGCGAGGGAAUGUUGCCGCCGUCGAGCCUUAUAACCAUGUGCCUCAUGCUCAGAGUGUUAGCCACAAUGCAAAUUUCCAGGCAAUGAAGCAAAAUGUAAUACAAAACAACGUGCCAUUAAAACAGCUUACACAAUGUGAUAAUAUGCAAGCCCACAUGACGCAACAAGAAGCCCAUUACUUGCAGCAGAAACAGAUGAUGAAUCCACUCUACAAUGGUUACCCUCAUGUACAGCCAGGAGACCAAUAUCAAUACCCUAAGCAUGACAACAUCAACCACGUACAACAGGGUAUCAGCAAUGCUUACGAGCAAAAGGGCAUGUUCGAACAUGUAAAUAAAUAUUCUGAUUAUCCAAAACCACAAUAUAGUCCAAAUAGUACAAGCAGUUCGAACAGCAACCAAACUGGUAAAGAAUUGAAGAUCAACGAACAAGAAUUCUUACCUGAGUUUGCUGCAAGUAAAUCGGAUCCGAAAUAUCAAACGUUGCCAUAUAACACCAAAUUUCCACAGAGUACAAAUGGUAAAUUAAAGCCUGAGAAUAACAGCAAGAACAACGAAGAUAAAAAUGCAGCGAAUAUAAACGUAAACCAUAUGACUGUACAUUCAACGCCACUCACAGUAGUGAACAAAAGUCUCGCGACACCUCUAAGUCAAACGGAAACCACAGAUCCACAGGAACAUACAUAUCAGUUGCAGAAAUCUGACUCCUCCAGUAGGUGUAACCAGGAGGGGAAAGAGAAUCAUGCAUAUCCACAAAAUUCUAGGCUAAGUCAAAAUAGUCAGAGCAACGAAGGCUCGAAGAACAGCGCGGGGAAGAGUCAACAGGGUAAUACUAUUAAAGGAAGUUCUCCGAGUUUUGGAUCUAAUACAACGACAACUAGCAGUUCUAUAGGCUUUGGGAAACCUGUAUCAAGUGUAGCACCCACAGCGGUUCAGGUCUCGAGUGCGAAACCAUCACCCAUCUAUCAGACAUCAUCCACUAAGAUCCAACCGGUCCAGCCACAGACCGUUCAGACCCAAAGCAUUUCUGCACCAUCUUCAAAUCAUGUAGCUAGUAACGUGGUGACUUCCCAACCCCAGAUCGUUAGAAACACGGCGUCAGGACUGUCAACUAGUACGGGGAAUAACUUCAGUGGGCAGAAUACGUCAUCUCAAAGCAUCAUAUUAUCUCCGCCACAAAGCGCCAGUACACCGUUGUCCACACCUGACGUCAGCGGUACUGAUAAGUCGCCGAAGCCAGCACUACCUCCGAAACCUGCCAUAAAGACACCACCGCGACAGUCAGCAAAUAACGAUGCAGGCUUCAACCAAAACUCAGAGAUCACACCAAUGCCAACAAUACCUGUACCAGAGUCGAAUGAUAGUGAUUCACAGCAGAAUCAGAAGGAACCGAAUGGUGGCAACGAUAUGAUUAUCAAAGCACGCCCACUAACGAUAAGAAAACCACCAUUAAACGAACAACAACCUAAACUUCGGAACAUGAAUUCAGCUAAGAACGGUAUCAGCGUCAGCAUCAACCGUCGCAUUGAGAUGCCACCAGCAUUCCUGUUUCCUGAAAUGGAUCAUUUGACAUUGGAUUCCGUACCAAAUGAAAUGCAGAAUGGCCUAAAGGAUAAAGCGAAGCCUAAAGAUGAAGUUGAUAGGGCACUAAAUAACAACAUAUCGAAUACAAGUGAUAGACAAGAGGAAAGUAAAUACAGUGUGGCAGAUAUAGCCGAACAGAUCAGUUCGGUCGAUUUGAACGGUCAGGAUUCUCAGGGCUCUGAGAAUGUACUGAGGCGAUCAAAGAAAGGCAACUUGAAACAAGGAGGCAAGGCACCUUUGACAAGAAGAGUGAGUUUUGAUCCGCUCGCGUUGCUAUUGGAUGCUAGUUUAGAAGGAGAAUUGGAACUGGUCAAGAAAACAGCAACACAGGUUCAAAACGCGAGUGCGGCCAACGACGAAGGCAUCACAGCUCUGCACAAUGCAAUCUGUGCCGGACACUUUGAGAUUGUCAAAUUCCUGGUGGAAUUGGGCUGUGAUGUGAACGCUCAAGACUCAGACGGGUGGACGCCUCUACACUGUGCCGCCUCCUGCAACAACUUGCCGAUGGUCCGCUUCCUCGUCGAUAAUGGUGCGUGUAUAUUCGCAACGACGCUGUCUGACCAAGAGACCGCGGCCGAGAAGUGCGAAGAGGACGAGGAAGGCUUCGACGGCUGUUCGGAAUAUCUGUACAGUGUGAAAGAGAAGUUAGGUAUAAUGAACAACGGCCUGGUAUAUGCUGUGUUCUCAUAUACUGCCGCGAGGAAUGACGAGCUCUCGUUCACUAGCGGGGCUGCGCUUAACGUGGUCCGGAAGGGGGAUGACAGUGAACGAGAGUGGUGGUGGUGUCGGCUGGGGGCGCGACAGGGGUACGUGCCCCGGAACCUGUUAGGGUUAUAUCCAAGAGUAACCGACAAGCAGGAAUAAACUGAAGCUUAUAUAUGACCUGAUCAUAAUCUGUACAUAAUGUUCUUAUUAGUUUUUUAUGUAUUUAUAUCGCUAACCUAAAUAUAUAUAUAUAUAUUAUAAAUAUUGUAUACAACUUUAUCAAAUUUAAAUAUUUUGUAAAUAUAAAAAAAUAAGUGCAAAACGAAUGAGAUUAUAUUGUAAAUUUUAUAAAUAUGCGAGUCAUAAAAUAUUGGUCAUGAAAUUUGUAUAUUGUUCUUAGUAUAUCUGCAAAUAUUGUGAGAUAUUAUACAUAAAGUGACAAUACGAAAUUAAAUAA